AUGGCUGCAAUGACAUUUGUCUGGUUGUCAGUCUUGCUGGUUUGCGUCCAUGCCAAGUGCAAAUGGCAGUUUGGUAAUUCUUGCUAUCAGCUGCUGACACAAACAAUGACGUUUGAUGAGGCAUUGCAGGCCUGCUCUGCCAUGGGUGCUGGCUUGGUGGUGCCCGACUCCCACAGUGAGAAUCAGUUCAUAUGGGAAAAGUUUGCAAGCAAUCUCACGACUGAUGGCAAAGUCUGGAUCGGCUGCACUGACAAGCACACAGAAGGCAGGUGGAUGUACGCUGGUGACGCAGGCAAGGAGUGCACAUUUUACUGCUGGGCACCAGGAGAGCCAAACAUACUGGAACUGGAAGAACACUGCGCACAAAUGUGGCAUUUCCAUGCUGGCAAGUGGGUUGACUUUACAUGUUCUGCAUUUGCAACUGUGAUCUGUGAGUAUUACAGCAGCUUAGAGGUGACCUGCCGUCAGGCUGACGCAGACGGCCGUUUUGCUUGA